AUGUCUCCCCUUCUGCCUGCCGCCCUCUAUGGCCUCGAGGUCCCUCCCGGAGCCAUCCUGGUCCCCGCCGCAGUUGAGUUCCCCGCGACGAUCCGUAUCACAAUGGCUGCGCUCGACCCCACCGCCGAGCCUGAGGCCGACGAGUCGGGCACCCUCCCCCCCGUUCCCCGCUCUACCCUGAGAAUCAUCAAGGCCAGCGGCGAGGGCUCUGAUGACGACGAGGACGAGGACGAGUACCUCGAGUCUCUCCUCGGCGGCGGUGAGGAUGAUGAUGAGUCGGACGACGACGACAACGAGACCAACGGUGGCCCCAGCGACCCCUCCAAGUCCAAGAAGGCCCGCCAGCAGGCUGCCAUCAAGAAGCUUAUCGAGGCUACCCAAGAGGAGCAGUCUGAUGACGAUAUGGAGGAUGCCGACGCGCCGAAGGCCAAGAAGGGCAAGGCCAAGGCCAGCAAAGAGGAGUCGGAGGAGGAGUCCGAUGAUGAGGAGAGCGACGAGGGAGACGAUGUCGACCUUGAGGACUAUGUUGUCUGCACGCUUGACACUGAGCGCAACUUCCAACAAACUCUUGACAUCACAAUCACUGAGGGCGAGCGCGUCUUCUUUGCUGUCACGGGCACACACAGCAUCUACCUCACGGGCAACUACGUGAUCCCUGAGGAUGAGGAGGACUCUGACGAGGACAGCGAUGAUGACUAUGACCUCCCCCCUGGAAUUGAUGAUCUGGGUGAUGAGCUGUCCGGUGACGAGAGCGACGAGCUCGACAACAUCGAGGGCCUUCUCCACAUCAAGGAGAUCGACACUGAUGAGGAGGAGGCGCCCAAGCUUGUUAAGGCUAAGAAGGGUAAGAAUAAGCGCCCUGCUGAGGAGGAGGUUGAGGCUGAGGCCGAGAACCUCGACGCGCUCAUCUCCAAGGAUGAGAAGAAGCUGAGCAAGAAGCAGCUCAAGAAGCUCAAGAACAACCAGGGCGAGCCCGUCGUCGCCGAGGCCAGGGCCGCUGAGACCAAGGCUGCCGCCAAGGAGUCCCCUGCCAAGGCUGACAAGAAGGUUCAGUUCGCCAAGAACCUUGAGCAAGGCCCGACUGGCCCUGCUAAGGAGCAGGCCGAGAAGAAGGCCGCUGGUGGAGUCAAGGUUGUUCAGGGUGUUACCAUUGACGACCGCAAGGUCGGCACUGGCCGCACCGUUAAGUCUGGUGACAAGGUCGGCAUGCGCUACAUCGGCAAGCUGCAGAACGGCAAGGUGUUUGAUUCCAACAAGAAGGGUGCGCCGUUCUCCUUCAAGAUCGGCAAGGGCGAGGUGAUCAAGGGCUGGGACAUCGGCAUUGCUGGCAUGUCUGUUGGUGGUGAGCGCCGCUUAACCAUCCCCGCGUCGCUUGCGUAUGGCAGCCGGUCUGUGCCCGGUAUCCCGUCCAACAGCACGCUCAUCUUCGACGUGAAGCUACUCGAGAUCAAGUAA